AUGAAAUCUUUUAUAAUCCUGUCUGCACUGGUGGCUCUAGUGGUCGCUGAUAGUAUUGAAUACUAUACAACGAAUGACGAUCAUUAUGACAUUGAUGCUAUGAUGAAAGACCCAAUAAAGGUCAAGAGUUUCAUGGACUGCUUUUUGGACAUCGGGUCUUGCGACUCCCUUGCUGAAUCUUACAAAAAAAAUAUGAAGGACGCCGUCGCCACAGCGUGCCGUAGAUGCAACGACCCACAGAAACAUCUAUGGAACCGUGCCUUAUGGGGGUUGAAGAACCUACAUCCUGCUUAUUUUGAGAAAUUCCAGAAGAAAUACGACCCAGAGAAUCUCUACAUUCCUGCUUUAGAGAAGGCUGUGGCUGGAUACUAA